AUGGCCUGGCGGACACCAGCCCUGAACGCGGCCAAGCGUGCCGUGACCUCGGCGGCCGUCGGACGGAGUGCUGCCCGGAUGGUGGCCCGGCCGGCGGUGCGCACCAUGUCGUCCACCUCUGUCUGGCGGAUGGCUGCUGCCCCGACACAGACGGCCGUGCUCGAGCGCGAGGAGGUCGUCGAAGGCUUGCACAGCCCGGAUAUUGUCGCCCAAAGCGAUCCGUACAUGGUGGCGACGUACUCGCGGCCCGCCCCCGUGUUUGAACGAGGGGCCGGCACCUACCUGUGGGACCUGGAGGGCAACAAGUACUUGGACCUGACGGCGGGCAUUGCGGUGAACGGCCUCGGCCACUGCGACCCGGAGAUUACGCGCGUGAUUGCGGACCAGGCCAGCACGCUGAUGCACGCGUCCAACCUGUACCACAACAUCUGGACGGGCACGCUGUCCAAGCAGCUGGUGGAGGAGACGGCCAAGUCCGGCGGCAUGGCCUACGACCCCGUCAAGGCCGUGUUCGUUGCCAACUCGGGCAGCGAGGCCAACGAGGCCGCCAUCAAGUUUGCGCGCAAGGUCGGCAAGGUGCGGGACCCGUCGGGCCGGCAGACCGAGAUUGUGUCCUUCUCGGGCGCCUUCCACGGCCGCACCAUGGGCAGCCUGUCGGCGACGCACAACCCCAAGUACCAGACGCCCUUUGCGCCCAUGGUGCCCGGCUUCCGCUGCGGCACGUUCAACGACGCCGACCCGGCCGUGCUCGAGGCGCUCGUCACGCCCCAGACGUGCGCGGUGAUUGUCGAGCCGAUCCAGGGCGAGGGCGGCGUCCACGUCGGCACGGCGGAGUUUAUGGUGGCCCUGGCCCGUCGGUGCCGUGCCGUGGGCGCCGUGCUGAUCCACGACGAGAUCCAGUGCGGGCUGGCGCGCACGGGCGGCACGCUCUGGGCGCACGCGCACCUGCCCAAGGAGGCCCACCCGGACAUGGUGACGACGGCCAAGGCGCUCGGCAACGGCUUCCCCAUCGGUGCGACGCUCGUCAGCGGCGCCGUGGCCGACGCCAUCCAGAUGGGCGACCACGGCACGACCUUUGGCGGCAACCCGCUGGCGUGCCGCGUGGCCUACCACGUGCUGGCACGCCUCAGCGACCCGGCGCUGCAGGGCGACGUCGUGGCCAAGGGCGCCGUGUUUGUGCGCGGCCUGCAGCAGCUGCGCGACAAGUACCCGGCCAUCAUCACGGAGAUCCGCGGCCGGGGCCUGAUUCUGGGUGCGCAGCUGGCGGUCGACCCAAACCCGAUCAUUGCCGCGGCGCGCGAACGCGGUCUGCUGGUGAUCUCGUGUGGCACCAACACGCUGCGCUUCGUGCCGCCGUUGAACAUCUCCGAGGCCGAGAUCCAGGAGGGCUUGGGCCUGCUUGACCAGGCCAUUGCUGCCAGCCAGAAGUGA